AUGAAGCCAAGCAAAGUCACUGAUGGAAACUGCACAUCUGACUUUAACAGUGGUGGAUCCUGCAGCAGCACUGUGUUUGACACCAACCCCUGGUGGAGAGUGGACCUGCUGGAUCUGUACAGAGUGACAGCUGUCACCAUCACCAACAGAGAUGUUGUUCCUGAGAGACUUGAUGGUGCUGAGAUCCGCAUCGGUAACAACAGCAUCAACAACCCCAGUUGUGCUGUCAUCAUCAUCCCAGCAGGAGAGACCUACACCUUCCAGUGUAAUGUGAUGGAGGGUCGCUAUGUUGUUGUGGUCAUCCCUGGCAGGUCGGUAUGGCUCACACUUUGUGAGGUGGAAGUAUUUGCCACUGUCAAAACUCCAGAGUCUUCCACAGAAGGUACUUCUUUCCUGGUGUCUGUGGACCUGAAGAGGGCUAGCCUGGUGAGAGACUCUAAGGAGACACAAUAG